GUCUGGCAGUCGGGUCUAGGAUCUCGAGGACCAGAGCGAGUUCCCCUUCCGAUUGGUCGCCUUAUCCCUUGCGCUACCGAUGACCAAUCCCCACCUCUUAUCCGCUUUGGCGAGGCCCCUACACUCUGCCCAACUCCAUGCUUUACACACAACCGUAGCCAUAGGAACCCAAGGUGUAUUUGAACUUCACUAACUGUGUACGGCAAUUGUGGUUUCUCGUGCCUGUAUAUUUCCGCUCUCUUGCAGAGAGCCGACACCAAGCUAAGUGGAAGUGAUCGUGGCAGCCAUGGCAGCCUCAGUUGCCUCCGUAGGGUGCAAGGUUACUGCCGCUUUGGCCUCCAGCGCCAAGGUCGAGAAGAUUCAAGCUGUGAGGUCCGUGUCUAUGAGCAAUGCGUUCGGCCUCAAACCUGCAGUCGCGCGCGUCUCCUGCAACCUGGAGGAGAAUGUCAAGAGCAUUGUGGACAACGCCAAGGCCGCUGCUAUCGUCUUGGCUUCCUCUGCACUCGUCGCAGGCGCCGCAUUCGCCGAGGGAGUGCCCCAGAGGUUGACUUUCGAUGAGGUGAAUGCUCAAACCUACAUGGAUGUCAAGGGAUCAGGAACAGCUAACCAGUGCCCCAUUGUCGCUGAGGGAUCUGACAAGUUUGCCUUCAAGGACGGGAAUUACACCAUGAGGAAGUUCUGUCUUGAGCCCACCUCCUUCACUGUGAAAGCCGAGUCUCAAUUUAAAGGAGGCAACGAGGGUUUCCAACCCACUAAGCUCAUGACCCGAUUGACCUACACCCUGGAUGAGAUCGAGGGUCCUCUUACCGUUCAGAAUGGAAACCUGAGGUUCGAGGAAGUGGAUGGCAUUGAUUAUGCUGCCGUGACCGUGCAGUUGCCAGGAGGUGAAAGGGUUCCCUUCCUCUUCACAGUUAAGGAAUUGGUUGCUGAGGGAAAGCCUGAGGCAUUCGGUGGAUCCUUCUUGGUGCCGUCAUACAGAGGUUCCUCAUUCUUGGACCCCAAGGGCAGGGGUGGAUCCACCGGGUACGACAAUGCCGUGGCUCUCCCCGCUGGUGGAGCCGGAGACGAAGAGGAGUUGGCGAAGGAGAAUGAGAAGAACACCGCUGCCUUGAAUGGCAACAUUACCUUCAGCAUUGCCAAGAGCAACGUCCAGACCGGUGAGAUCGCAGGAACUUUUGAGAGCUUUCAGCCAUCGGACACCGAUUUGGGGUCGAAGGCACCCAAGGAAGUGAAGAUUGAGGGUAUUUUCUACGCCCAGCUAGACUAAGUGGAAGAUUAUUGGACGGCCGCGGCUGUUGCCACCUUUGGUUAGGUUUGAUUGAUGUUUAUACACAAGUCGAGGUUCUUUGUAAUGCACUCUGCCCAGUCUCUCAACGCAAUUUGUCGAUGACCUCGUGCAUGGCGGCAGAAAGCAAUAUGUUCAUGCACAGGAGUAUGAGAUUUUAUGCUGAUAGAAAUUGAUACCUUGAAAAAUUCAUUUCAUAUCUCUCAA